AUGGCCCCGGCCCCUUCCGAUGAUGUCCUGCUGCAGCUUUCGGUCAAGGAGCUGGCGGCAGCCAUUGCAUGCGAAUCGGUCUCAGCGGUCCAGGUGCUGACUGCUUUCCGCCGCCGCGCAGAAGCGAUUCACAAUGCUUGCAACUGCGUCAUGUACUUCGUAGAGGAGGCGUGGCAGUGGGCAGAAGAGGCAGAUGCGCACCUGCGUGACACUGGCAAUCUGCUCGGCCCCCUGCAUGGGGUGCCGUGCUCGAUCAAGGACCAUGUUGCUUUGAAGGGUCACCCGGUGACCAUGGGCCUCCGCACUCUUCGUGACCAGCAGGAGAAGCAGCCCAUCAACAAAUCCUCCACGCUGGCCAAUGCCCUUCGAGGUGCUGGCGCCAUCAUCUUCUGCAAGACGGCAAUGACGCAACUGGGUGAGACUUGGGGGGGUGGAAGCCCAGCACAUGGGGACACGCUGAAUCCGUGGGACACCCUGCGAACGUCCGGCGGCAGCUCCUGUGGCGAGGGCGCCUUGCUGGGAGCGGGUGGCUCACCUUUUGGCAUCGGGUCUGAUGUUGGUGGCAGCGUGCGCAUUCCUGCCUCUUUCUGCGGCCUCUCUGCGCUGAAGCCAACUGCCUUCCGAAUGACCUUCAAUUGGGAGACAGGGCAGACAAUCAUCGGACAUCCUGGCGACUAUGGUGUGCCCGCGACCCCUGGGCCCAUGGCGAGAAGGGUGGACGAUCUUAUUGAGGUGUGUGCUGCCGUCUGGGAUACACCCUAUUACGAAUCAGAUAUUCGUGUUCCUCCGCUUCCGUUCCGAAAAGAGCUGACGCAGAUCACCAAGCCCCUGCGCAUUGGCUGGUACACCCAUGGCUUCGUUUACCCAGAGCCAUGCAGGGCAGCCGUUCGUGCCGUGGAGGCAGCCAGAGAUGCGCUACAAGCAGCAGGGCACAAUCUUGUAGCAGUGCAGCCGUGGGAGGCUUGCUCUUUGGCCGACAUCGUUGGCUGCGAUGUGGCUAUGGAGAGGUUGACAGAGUCCGAUGGCGGGUUGGUUGCAGGGGCUGUGCCGCAGUCGUCUGGCAGCAGCGACUCGCAUCCAGAUCACUGGACUCAUCCCGCCUCGAAGGCUCUGGUCCCAAAGCCUGGCACAAAGUCAACAGCACAGAAGAAGUUACCUCCGACAAGCACUCCAAAGCUAUACCAAGCGGCGCUUGCUCUGCGUGACCGGCUCCGGGACAAGUUUGCAAUAUAUUGGAAAGCGAACAAGCUGGAUGUUAUUCUGUGUCCUGUAUUUCCGUUCCCGGCUCCUCCUGUUGAAGAGGUAAGAAAGGGCAAUGGCCGCUACAUUCACACGAGAAUCUACAACUUCAUGGACUACGCUGCUGGGGUUGUGCCCACCACGCGCGUGACUCAUGAGGACCUGGCACAGGCCUAUGACCCCAAGACAGAUGACGUGCCCUUGGCCGAGAUUGCCAGCAGAGCUGUGGAGGGUUCCUUGGGUUUACCGAUGGCGGUGCAGAUUGUUGCACCACCAUGGCGUGAGGAGCUCUGCCUGGGUGCCAUGCUAGAGGUCGAGCGCCUGCUGCCGUUCGAUCACGCCGCGCACGCCUGCCUGUCUCCGGUCCCUCGGCGGCCGCGGAGCCUUGGAUCUCGCCCAGAGCCCAUCGACGUUCCUGAGCACUCCGAGCGCUCCAGGCUCUAG